GGGCCGCGCGCUUGAGCUGAAGUGGGGAAGCGGACAGCGCUGUGCUGCUGUUGCGGUGUGCGCAGCCUCUUCAACAAGCUCCACAGUGCUCUGCUCACACAGCCUCUCUUCUCGAUUUAAAACCCGUAUGACAAACUUAAAUGGCUAUUUCUUUGCUGUUAAAAACAGAGAACUAAAUUGUAUACGAGAAAGCGGAGACUAAAAUUUCACGCACGACGCCCGCGGAUGGACGGACGGUGAACGACGGCUUUGAAAACAGGGACAAACCGUGAGCGUUCUGAGGUGCAUUCCCUCAGUAGUGUAAUCUGGUCUGAAGUAGUGGAUAUACUGUGAGAGGCCGUCCCCAGCCCCAGGCACAAACGUGUAUAUAACCACAGGUACAAGGAGUGGUCAUGGGGCCUAGGCACUCCCCGAUUCUAAUCCAGCCUGUGCUGGCUGUAUUGGUGCUCAUUAUGAGUGUGUGCUGUCUAAACCCGGAUGACCCCAACGUCUGCAGUCACUGGGAGAGCUAUGCAGUGACUGUGCAGGAGUCAUACGCACAUCCUUUUGACCAGAUCUACUACACCAGAUGCACAGACAUACUCAACUGGUUCAAGUGCACCAGGCACAGGAUCAGCUACAAAACAGCAUACCGGAGAGGGGUACGGACUAUGUACCGUCGCCGCUCCCAGUGCUGCCCAGGCUACUUUGAGAGUGGAGACUUGUGUGUCCCUCUGUGUACCGAAGAGUGCGCCCAUGGCCGCUGUGUGUCCCCUGAUACGUGUCAGUGUGAGCCGGGCUGGGGAGGACUGGACUGCUCCAGUGGCUGUGAGAGUGGCUACUGGGGACCUCAUUGCAGUAACCGUUGUCAGUGUCAGAACGGAGCCCUGUGUAACCCCAUCACUGGGGCUUGUGUCUGCACGGACGGCUACCAGGGCUGGCGAUGUGAGGACCCCUGUGAGCCUGGCUACUAUGGCAAGGGUUGCCAGCUGCAGUGCCAAUGUCUUAACGGAGCCACCUGUCACCACGAGACAGGUGAAUGCAUCUGUGCCCCUGGGUAUAUGGGUGCUGUCUGCGGUGUGCGCUGUCCCUCCGGCAGUCAUGGGACCCAGUGUGAGCAGCGCUGCCCCUGCCAGAAUGGUGGAACCUGCCACCACAUCACUGGAGAGUGCUCAUGUCCAGCUGGUUGGACCGGGUCUGUGUGUGCCCAGCCCUGCCCAUUAGGCAAAUUUGGCAUCAACUGCAGUAAGGACUGCUCGUGCCGUAAUGGGGGACUGUGUGACCACAUCACUGGACAAUGCCAAUGUAUGGCAGGUUACACUGGCCGCAGGUGCCAGGAGGAAUGCCCUGUCGGUACAUAUGGCCAGCAGUGUGCCCUCCAUUGCGACUGUCAGAAUGGGGCCAAGUGUUACCACAUCAACGGCGCCUGUCUAUGUGACACAGGCUUUAAAGGACCUCAUUGCCAGGAGAGAUUCUGCCCCCCAGGGUUGUACGGGCUUAUAUGUGACAAAUACUGCCCCUGUAAUACUACGAAUACUUUGAGCUGUCAUCCUCUGUCAGGGGAAUGCUCCUGUACAGCAGGGUGGACUGGUCUGUACUGCAACGAGAUGUGUCCUCCGGGCUACUAUGGUGAGGGCUGCAGUUUGAAGUGCCAAUGUGCUAAUGGAGCAGACUGUCAUGGGGUCACUGGGGCCUGCAUCUGUGCUCCUGGCUUCACAGGAGAAGACUGCUCCCAGACAUGUCCUUCUGGAUUUUAUGGAACUAACUGCUCAUCUGCCUGUCACUGCCAUAAUCAAGCCUCCUGUUCUCCCAUUGAUGGCUCCUGCAUUUGCAAAGAGGGCUGGCAGGGUGUGGACUGCUCCAUCUUGUGCUCCAGUGGAACAUGGGGUCUCGGCUGUAACCAGACCUGUAUGUGCGUAAACGGGGCUGCCUGUGACCCCAUCGAUGGCUCUUGCUCCUGCACACCAGGCUGGAGGGGGAAGCACUGCCAGCUGCCUUGCCCUGAUGGCACCUACGGGCUGGAGUGUCGGGAGCACUGUGACUGUAAUCAUGCCAACGGAUGUGAUCCCAUCAGUGGCUACUGCCUCUGUUUGGCAGGAUGGACUGGUAUCCACUGUGACAGUGUCUGCCCUCAGGGCUUCUGGGGGCCAAACUGCUCCAUGACCUGCUCAUGCCAGAAUGGAGGCUCAUGCUCCCCUGAAGAUGGCACCUGUGUGUGCGCUCCGGGCUACCGUGGCACAUCCUGCAAAAGAUUCUGUUCUCCUGGGUUCUAUGGGCAUCGCUGCAGUCAGACAUGCCCCCAGUGUGUGCACAGCACUGGCCCAUGCCAUCAUGUUACAGGCCAAUGUGAAUGCCUUUCUGGAUUUUUUAGCCCACUGUGCAAUGAAGGCAAGUAGCUCUUCUUUCCUUCUUCUCAUUUUACCACUGCUUCACUUUCUCUCUCUAGAGUAAUGUAUCUUGCAUGUAUCUUGUGUUUAAUCUGCCUCUGAUCUAGCUGAUGCAAUGACUGUUCAUACACAUCCAGUUUAUUACAAAGGAUGAUGACAGCUUUUGAUACAUAACUUUAAUGAAGCGACAUUGUGUUAAAGCUCAAAUCACCUGCAGUGGGGCAGAUUAUGUGAAAAAUUAUAACAACAUUAGGGUGAUACAGUUAAUGAUCAUCUUGCACUAUGCCAUCCCCAGACUGGUACAGUAUGGCACUCAGUGGGGAGUGGGGUACGGUACUCAUUUGUGGCACAGCGAGCUGACUCCGCUUAUCCAUCGCACUGCAGAUAAUUGGCAUUAUCACUGACACUGACAAAUAACCUUCAGAGGAAAUCUGAAUAUUGCUGAGGCCAUUCUUUCUGACUGAGACAAACAGUGAAGCAUCAGAUCAAUGCCGUGGUUAUCCUGUUCAAUGCUCUUGAACAAGGGAGAGAAAAGAAGACAAGCAAGGUUGGUGCAAUAUACAGUAGCCUUUUCACAUUUAGUUUUAAUUGAGUCAGAAAAGCCAUAAAAGUUUAGCGAUUUUUUUUCUUUGCUUGAGCACACAUAAUUGAACACAUGGGCUUGAUAAUUAGAUUACAGAAGGUUAGAUGAGAACCACAACUGAAACCUUCUCUGUUAGGGCACUAAUACAUUUUCUUUAUCUCUCUCAGUCUGUAGCUCUAACUUGGUAGCUUCGUUUCCUUUUUAAGCUCUCUGGGUUCAUUCUCUUCCACUCAGGAUGUUUGUGCACUUAUGCAUUGCUAAUAAGUGGUGACAAAGGAUUAUUUCCAAAUGAUUAGUCAGCCAGUGUUGUCAAGUUACUCAGUAUGGCCACUGCAAUCUUGUUAUCAGCUGAGACACCAGUCCAUCAGAUGAUGUGAGACUAGGUCUGAAUAGUCUGGCCAAAGACUGGACAAAAGAAAUUAUCUGCCAGAAUAAAGCUACAAAGGGGAAUAACCAGACUACUAACCUGGAGCAUUAACUAAACAUAUUCAUGGCCACACAUAGCUCAAUUGGCAUGGCUGUGCUGUGUAUACAGUCAACAAUGAAAUCUUGUCACUCGUUGUGAAAGGCAGGGCUAUUUUUCACUAUUAAAGCCCUGUCAAUUAUUCAGCAUCACACUCUUAGUGAAUAUAAAUCAAAUGAAAUUGAAGUACUUAGGCAUUGUAACAUUAUAUGCCUUUUGUUAAGGGGGAGGGGAAAUAUAAUCUUUAGCUUUUUUGAUCUGUCAACUACUUGGCAAUGAUAAAAUAUUUCACAAGUUAUUAAUAAAUCAUUCCCCCUUUCAGCAUUUGAAGUCUAUGUUUUUUUAUAGUGCAUUAGGAAAGCCUUUGUAAAUUUUAUUUCAUUAAACUAUCUUCCUGGUAGGAUACUAGGCCACUGGUGAGCCAUGCCAAACUUUAUAUUCACCUUAGAGCUUACUUAACAAGUUAGCUGCCUUGUCAACUAGCCAAAGAUUUCAUAGAGCUUAUAGGUUUCAGGCUAAUGAUUGGGGAUUUUCUCCAUUAAUUCAGCUUGGAACACUGUGCUCAAGGACAGAAAAAAUGGCACUCACUACAGGUUGUGUCACAGGUUGGUGAGAGCUGGUCUAAUAUAAAGUGUGGAAUUAUUACAUGGUCUUCUUUCAAUCCAAAUUAAUUAAUUUACCAUGCCUAGCUACAUCAGUUGAACAGUGCAGAAGGACUUACAGUUCAAAUAACUAAAAUGAGAAUUUGGUGAUGCCUUUAUAUAACCAUCACUGACAUUUAGUGGAUUUUUGAAAUAACUAAAUUUGGGGAGAAAGACCACAGAUAAAGCUACACAUUUUUCUUAGCUAACUUGCUUUCACAGCACUGUUGAAUUCUUGAACUGAUUGGUCAGGAGGUCUCACAGUAGUGCCAGUUGCAUAGUAAAUUAUUAUUAUUUUUUUUUAUUAACGCACACAAUACAUUGUUGUUUCUAUAAUAGCAACUUAAACAGGAACUUUUAUGGUGGAUGCUCCACAUAAAUGGAUUUAUAAAAGUGUGCAGAUGUUGAAAUAGUAAAUUUUUCUGUAAGAAGACCAUUUGUUUAACAUGUACAGAAGGAGUCGCUGGUGUCAGUGCUUUGUAAGAGUUAUGGGAGAGUCUUCAGAAGAGAGGACUUUGUGCUCUCUAGUUGCUCUGUAACAUGACACGCUAUGUUUAUUUACUUCAAGAGAGCGAAAAAGAGAGGCUGGUGAGGGAAUAACUAUUUAUAACUAUUUUCUGGGGAUAACCAGAACUAACUUGUUUCAUGGACAUUCAUUAACUUUUUUCAUUAAAUUAAAUAUAAUUAAAUUAAAUAUAAGUGUAAAUUGAUAAAAUGGGUCAUUCUUUAAUUAAUAAAAUGCUAUAACUUCACAUCUGGCCACUUCAAACCACCUUUGAUUAUUUCCCUAGAUAAAUAAUCUCAUUUCAUUUAAUGUACCCAUUCAUGAACCAAAAUGGAGGAUGUUUUGUGUAGUUUUUUAUUUGUAAACAACAGAGUAUGCCAUGUUGAGCUUUAAAAAAUAUUUUGUCAUCUGUUUCAUUAAUUACUCAGCUUUUCACCCCCAGUAAAAUAGUCCAUCACAUGAGUGAUGGAAGACCUUUAAAAUUUGUUAAAACUGUAAGACUCUCAACACUUUUCCAAAAAAUUUGGUAAAAUGGCUGAACACACUUUUACUUUUCUCAUUUUAUUGUUAUUGUUGUCUUUGUAAAUUUGGUAAACUUGUCAAACUGAUACAUUGAUCAUUAAUGUAAAGCAUCAAAAAUACUCCUCCUUUGAAUUUCAUUUUAAUGUUGAACACCCCUGACCGCACAAUUUUUACAUCACACCUACAAAGUGCAUGAUGUUCCUCUAGUUUUGACUUCUCUAUGCAGUAAAACUGAACAGUCCUUUCAGCAGGAAAUUUUGUUGUUAUCUGGGCUGUUUAGCUGCUGUUUGCUAAAUAGCAUCCAUUGUUGGAGUUUUAGUCCACGAAAUAAGCAUUAAUCAACAUUCAGAAUUGGUCAGUUAUGCUGAGUGGAGCUAAAUAGGUUUCUGAUCCCAGUGUUUCUGUGAACUUUUGUGGCAUGCUUUAAGCGUUUAAAAAAAAAAAGUGAGAUUUGUAUAUUUAUGGCUAUGAGACCACAACAAAGGCAAAAAACCUUAGUCUCACAGGUAAACUCCGAGACUUUACAGGUAUGCUAUAGUACACCAUUCUAUUAUAAGAUAUAUUUAUAUUUGUAUUAAUAUUCUGCAAGUGAGAAAACUGGUAUGAUUUGCUCCACACUGUGAUUUCUAUUCUUUGACAGUUGUUUGAAUGAAGGGUGCUACUGCCCUCUUCCACUAUGUAAAGGGAGUAAAUAUUGAUUGUGUGGUAAGAAUACUACAGAAAUACAUAUUUGAUUUAAGUUUUGUUUUGGUCAGUGAAGCAUAUUUCCAACUCAAACUAACAAACUACUUCCCUUUCCACAGCAGCCACCAGAGACUUCUAAAUGAAAUAUACAAUUCCACAUAAUAAUUAACCAGUCUUUUCAUGAAUAAAGGAAAGGCAAUGAGCAUAUAUAGAAUUCACUUUCAUGGCUUUCAGAGCUGUCUCAUGAAUAAAUGUUUAAUAUGUUAAAGCAGAAAAAGGAUAGACUCUGGGAAAGAGGCCUAGAAAAAAACUGGGUUAAUUUGUCUAGAUCAUAAUUACUGGAAGAGAGGUAGGGCACAGGAGAACUGUAGUUCAGUCAGUGUUGGUGUCUUCGGCUCUGCAGUACUGUGUCCAUGAGAGCUCUAAUGAAGCUCUGACAGGCAGGAGGAUGAUGCCGAGAAGAAGAGACUAUACCCCUGAAACAAGAAGGAGUGAGUCCCUCUGGCUAAUAAGGGUCUGCUUUGAGGGAGUUGAAAGAAGCUUUUUCUUAAGGAAGGCGGUCCGUGGAGAUAUGAUUAUUAAAAUAAGCCACUGUCACAAAGAUUUCAUUUUAACUUUUCUUUAAAGGAGACACCUUAUCUGAUUCCUCUGUGCCAUCCCAUAUUUCCUACACAGCACAGGCGUCUGUUUACCACCUAGCGCUUUCUCUCCUUGUCUUUGGUAAGGGGUAAAGAUUGUGCUGUAUGUACCUGAUUAAACUCCCCUGUCCUCCUCCCUCAAAAGAAACGAGAGAGGGGUAGUAAAGACCUGAUAGAACUUUAAUCUGAAAUGAAAUCUCUAAAUGAGUCAAAUGUCAGAAGGCAGCUGAAAUAUUCAUUUUAUUAAAAAUGUACACAAGUUCUAAUUUUAAUUCCAUGGCACAUCAGUCCUCUUUGUUCUUGUGCACAGUGAAUAGGCACAGAUGGAUAAAUGGGGAGUCUGAUAGAUGUGCAUGGUCUGCUCAAACAGGCUGUGAAUCCAUAUCCCUCACUCCUUCAUUCUCUAACAUCAAAUGCCCUGACUCUCAGAAAUUUCACCUGGAUUAGUGUAGCACAUGAAGAGUUAAAUGUAGUUGUGCUGAUAGAUUUGAAUAGUUUAAGCUUCUAUCACUGCAGUGAAAUCUUCCACCCUGCAAAGUUUAUUUAAAACUAUGGCUUCAUAGUUCACAUGCAAGGAGCUAAUAUUCAGAUAGACAGUAUCUUGUGUGUUAAAUUAAUUUUGGUUGCCCUCCAAAAACUGGGUUGUACACUUCAGGUUUAAUGAUUAUGCUUUUUACAAGGAGAAGAAGCUAAGGGAUUUUUAAACUUUUAUGCAGGAAAGGAAAAUUUUGUAACUGCAAUAGGCAUAUAAAAGUCUGCAUAUUUCCACUUUACAUAUAUGAUCAUAUAUGGUCAACUCAAGAAUUAUUGAGACCUUUAAAAUGUUAACAUACAAAAUAAACCAUGCACAUGUGUGAUAUUUUGAGCUUAAAAAUAUAGUUUUAUUUUAACACCAUUUUUAAAAAUUAAGGUACCUUCACGGCAUAGUGUUAUACUUGAGUGCAGUGUGCUGAUUGUGUUU